AUGUCUGAGGAACUCACACUGCCACAAGUUGUCGAUGAUCUCGAGACUAUUCAGGACUUGAAACAGGCCGCAAAGGAUAUCUUUUGCGGUACUGUAGGAGGUAUCGCUCAGGUUUUGGUGGGCCAACCGUUUGACAUCAUUAAAGUCCGGCUACAAACAUCGUCUGUGCCGACCACGGCGAUGGACACAGUCAAAAAUCUGGUAAAAAAUGAAGGAAUAAUGGCGUUUUACAAAGGCACCGCCGUGCCACUGGUGGGCGUAGGAGCUUGCGUUUCGUGCCAGUUUGGUGUCAACGAGUCCAUGAAAAGGUAUUUUCAUUCUCGCACCGGUGCCGCUGAAGGAACUCAUUUGUCGUUAGGCCAAUAUUACGUGUGCGGGUUCGCAAGUGGGUCGGCCAACGCAUUGCUUGCCACUCCAAUUGAGCACGUCCGUAUCAGAAUGCAGAUUCAAAAGAGCGCAAAGGGUGAAGGUCUAUAUCGCAGUUCUUUGGACUGCGCCAGACAACUUAUUAAACAAGGUGCUCUGAUGCAUGGUUUUACUGCCACGCUUUUGAGAACUUCUCAUGGAUUCGGUGUCUAUUUCUCCACAUAUGAAGCGCUGAUAGCCAAUCAAGCAAAACACGGUGUAGCUCGUCAGGAUAUUCCCGCCUGGAAAGUUUGUAUUUUCGGAGCGUUUUCUGGAGCAUUUUUCUGGUCUUUGACAUAUCCCUUUGACGUCGUCAAGUCCGUUAUGCAAGCAGAUGACUUCAGAAACCCUCGCUAUGGAAACAACGUUUGGUCCGUAGCAAAAAAGAUUUACCAGGAGCGCGGGAUCAAAGCAUUUGGAAAGGGAUUCACACCUACCAUACUCCGCUCUUUACCAGUGAACGGAGCCACAUUUGCCGCUUUCGAGAUUUCGAUGCGGUUGAUUAGCUAG